AUGGAAAAAAAACAAUUUCUACAGCACAGAUUAUCAACAUUACAUGAAGAUACGGAUGAUCAAGAAGCGGUAAAUGUUAUUAAUAAUGAAAUAUCUCAAGAGCAAUUAAAAUCACUUUUUCAACAAGGAAAUACAACAUCAUUUAUUUUUUCAAUUAAAAAUCGUAUUGGUGGUUUAGCACGAGUUCUCAAAGUUUUUCAGAUUUUUUUUUCUUCUUCUGAAAAGGAACAUAGCAUAAAUGUCGUUCAUAUUGAAUCUCGUCGUUCUCAUCGUACAAAUUCUGAAUAUGAAAUUUAUGUUGAUUUGGAAGCUGAUAAAGCUAAUGUUGAACAAUCAAUGAAAGAAUUAAAAAGACAAGUUUCAUGUGUUGAAUUUGAUCCAAGUAUUCUUUUUGAACCAAAAGAAAAUUUUAAUAAUAAAAAUGCAAAUCAUAAUACAAAGCAUCAUACAAUUACAAAUGGAAAUUAUGAUUUAAAUUUUUUACCCUUAUCGCCUUUUCUUGAUCAAAAUGAACAAACAAUAGAACGUCAAAGUAAAUGA